AUGAUCACACGCAGUCAAACAGACUCUACUACCAGGAAUCAGGCCAGAGGUGAACAAAUCUCUAUUUACGAGAGACUUGCUCGUAGCACGAAGGAGGAAUUGCGAUGCAUCAUCGUCUUGCAUCUGGACUUGAAGCACAACUGCAAACCCACUCGCAAGCAGCUGAAUGAGGUUGCGAAGAGGAUCCACGUCCUUCCUGCCAACCGUGCUAACUUCAUUGCGCUCAUCCGAGCUUAUCUCAGCCUGCACCACAGCAUCAAGAGGCUGAGGAGUCUGCAUGGCCUCGAGCCAUUCGAGUUCGUUGUCCCGACCACCGACGAGGAGUUGUACUCCUUGCUCCUGUCUAUCUUUUAUUAG